GAGGGAGAGACACUUGUGGACAGCGUGUCCACCUUGUUGUUCCCUUUCCAGCACCAGAAUGCAUUUCUGCUGAUCUGCUGACCUGUGGCUUUGUCUCUGAAUGCACAUCACACUCUGACCUGCUCCUCAUCUAGCAACUCUUCCACAGAGGACAGAGCAGCCAGCCUUCAUUCUGGAGGGAAAGGUCCCAGUCGAGCCCAGCAGGGGGGAUGGAGGCAGCAGUCCGGCCUCUCUGCCUCUGACCCAGGCAGAGAGUUCUGGACCUUGGCACAGCGAGUGUCUGCUGGCAGAGUCCUGGUCCACGAUGGGCGACAUGGACCCCGAGGACACCAAGAGCCUCGACAGCAACGACGGGCCCGUUUUAGCCGGAGAUGAGAACCACUCCUCCAACUCUGACAUGGUGCACCUGGAGCGGGAGGAGGCGGAGAUGCUGGAGGAGACCCAGGGGAGGAGAUGGAGAGAGGAGGACGAGGAUGAGGACCUGCAAGCAAGCGUUCUGAGCAUGCUCAGUGUGGAGAGGGAGCUGGCGGAGCCGGACCUCCAAGCUCCGGAGGCGAAGGAGCUGCUGGUGUCUGCGGAGGAACCUCAUGCAGAGUUCAGGCACGUUGUUCCCCCGAUGGCGCUGCCUCUGCUGCCCAUUCUCAAACUGGAUCCCCCCUCCACGACGACCACACCAGUCCCUUCAACCACAGUCUCCGAAGUGGACGAACACUAUUCCACGCUGGGCCUCCAUCCUCCAUCCAUCCUGCCGCCAAAGGCUCCAGAGCUUCAAACAGAAGAGAGUUCAGAAGCUAAAUUCUCACAGAUUCCCCUUCAGGAUGAUGAAGAACAUUCAGUUAAAGCAGCCGCUGCACCUAAGACCAAAUCUCUGAGCUCCUCUGAGCUUCUGUUUGGAGGCGCUGCGCUAGUGGCUUUCGUAGGAGUGGUGGCUUAUGGAGCUGUAGUCUACUGCAAAAAGUAGAAAAACGCAUUUUGACCUGUGUCUUUUCAGUUCUCAUAUGUAUUCCUGCUGAAUUAUUCCCAUUUCCUUUCUGAAUUCUGCAGUCAAAUUAGAUUUUGUAGAAGAAUGUAACGCUACCUCGGCUCACAGAAGCCUUUUUUCUGUUUAAUCUAUGAAAAAACUGACAAAUGAAAUUGAAAUCCGGUUGAUUCAUGUUUGGAAAAGCAUUUAUCAGCACCAGAGAGCAGCAUAUAGAUAAAAAUGAAGACAACCAGCACAUUUCUCUAAAUGUCAUACAUCUUACAAUGUGUUUGUUCAUGUUUUUUUUCUGUUUCUAGAGCACGUGUCAAACUCGACACAUGCUCCACAGCUUAUUAUGCGUCAUCAAGUUACAUCAAUCUUUCCUUCAAGUUUUUUACGAUUCAACGGCUGUGGAAAUUUACGCUAAAUAAACAAAUCCCUGCUAAUGUAUAAUUGUGAGUUUAUUGCAAAUUUUUUCGCAAAAAAUUGUCAAAAAUUUGGUGUUAAGUGAUGCUAACUCCCACUUCCGGGGGACAGUAAUUCAUACUUUUACUCCACUAAUGCCUCGGCCUUACUUGAACUCAAGUUACAGUCCGUGAUUGAUUUGGCGAGUAAUUAAAAGUCACAUUUAACUUCAUACAUAACCACAAAUAUUGCAAAAUCAUAUUAUAUACCCACAAAAACAAUCGUGAAAUCUUGGAGGGACUAAUCGAUAUGAAAAGAUGCUCAAUUUGAUUUAAUUUGAAUCCAGAGACAGCUGUUAUUGAUAUUGUUAAUGGCUUUUAUCAAACCAUUCUGGCACAACUGGCCCUUUAAGAAUAUUCAUGAUUUUUAUAAGGAACAAAAUCAAAAUGAGUUUGACACCACUGAUCUGGACAUCAUGAAUUCAACAUGUUUUCCCUUUUUUAAUCUGAUUACAGCUAAAUGUGGUGAAUGUUAUAACAUGUAAAUCUCUUGGGUUUACAAACAGCUGCUUACAAAAUUAUCAUACCCAUUAAAACAUUUUUACAUUC